AUGGGCUGCAUUUGCUCGAAAGGAACUGCUGAAGAAGAACUUAAUGAUCAACCUCAGAAACCGAACGAAACUUGGAACAAGACAUCCUCAGUUCAAUUGAUUGCACCUGUAACCUCCAAGAAAGAUGAUUUUUCACAUAAAUCCGUGGACGGAAGCUCUGGUGGACGCAAAACCGAUGGAUUAGCGCAUAAACCAUCCGCUAGAGCCAGCGGAUUGAUUGUUCCUGUAGAUGAUAGUGAUGGCAAAACAGUAAUCGUAGAGAGACCCACACGGUCGCACCGGAGAUGUUCAACUGCAGAUAUUGGGGCAACAGGAGGAGGAUUCCAAAUGUUUCAGCAGAGUAAUAUCAUCACAAGUGUUCCACACAGCCCCGAGGCCGAGCUCAUUGCAGCUGGAUGGCCAUCUUGGUUAACCUCUGUUGCAGGUGAAGCCAUCAAAGGUUGGGUUCCUCGACCUGCAGAGUCCUUUGAGAAGUUGGACAAAAUUGGACAAGGGACUUACAGUAGUGUGUACAGAGCUCGGGACCUUGAGACCGGCAAAACAGUAGCCAUGAAGAAGGUCAGGUUCGUCAAUAUGGAUCCUGAAAGUGUGAGAUUCAUGGCCAGGGAAAUCAACAUCUUGCGCAAACUCGACCAUCCAAACGUUAUGAAGCUCGAGUGUCUUGUGACCUCAAAACUCUCUGGUAGCUUGUACCUUGUGUUUGAAUACAUGGAGCAUGACCUUUCAGGCCUCGCUCUUAGACCUGGUGUAAAAUUCACAGAAUCGCAGAUCAAAUGUUACAUGAAACAACUCCUUAGCGGGCUUGAACACUGUCACAGCCGUGGAAUCCUCCACCGCGACAUCAAGGGUUCGAAUCUCUUGGUAAACAAUGAUGGAGUCCUCAAGAUUGGAGAUUUUGGUCUGGCAACUUUCUAUCAUCCAGAGCAAGAUCAACCCUUGACGAGCCGUGUAGUAACCUUGUGGUACAGGGCCCCUGAGCUUCUAUUGGGAGCUACAGAGUAUGGAGCCGGCAUAGAUCUCUGGAGUGUUGGUUGCAUUCUCACAGAACUGUUUUUAGGAAAACCAAUCAUGCCGGGAAGAACAGAGGUGGAGCAAAUGCAUAAAAUCUUCAAGUUGUGUGGUUCACCAUCUGAUGAUUACUGGCAAAAGACAAAGCUACCACUUGCGACAAGUUUCAAGCCACAACAACCUUACAAGCGUGUCCUUCUGGAGACGUUCAAGAGUUUGCCAUCUUCUGCUCUAGCUCUUGUUGACAAGCUUCUAUCCUUAGAACCAGAGAAGCGAGGCUCAGCUUCUUCAACGCUAAAUAGCAAGUUCUUCACAACGGAACCACUCCCUUGCGAUGUCUCAAGUUUGCCCAAGUACCCUCCAAGCAAGGAACUUGAUGCAAAGGUCCGGGACGAAGAAGCACGAAGGAAACGGGCCGAAACUGUGAAGGGUCGUGGACCUGAAUCUGUGAGAAGGGGUUCGAGAGACUUCAAGAGUACUGUAACAACGCCGGAGUUCAUUGCUUCAGGGCAGUCAAAAGCCACAAUCACCACUCAGGAAGACAGUAGAACCGGCUUCAAGGGAGAGAUGGGAAGCCACGACAGAGAGAAGGGAUAUUCUCAUACCAAUUCAGUAGCUCAUCCAAGCAUAACAGCAACAUGGAGUAAGAAUGAGAGCUCUAGGAACAAUGUAGUAGAGUUGAAGUCUACCCGGUCUAGCAACGUGCCCAUGACUGGGAGAUACUUGUCUCCUUCACAUAAAGAGGAUGUAGCCGGAGAACCCACAACGACAUACAUACGCAAGAAGAACAGAAUGCACUGUUCGGGUCCAUUGAUGCCUCCUGGUGGUAACAUUGAGGACAUUCUGAAAGAUCAUGAGAGGCAAAUCCAAGAAGCUGUAAGGAAAUCACGGCUUGAGAAAUCUGCAACAAAGAGAAUCAGAACAGGUGCAUAG